AUCACUUUCUGUUGAGGGGUGCUAUUCUUAGGCGGUCGAUCCAGCCCAUCUGAGCAGACAAGACCUCUCGUCCUUUUGCUUUCUGUCUUUCAUUUUAUGCCUUUAAGAAAAGGUGGGCACAAUUAGCACCUUGAACCUCAUUUUUUGAAACCCUUGUUUCAUGAAGCAUUUUUAUUUUUGAAGAAUUCAUUGGUGUAUUUUUCAAUAUAAGUUCAAUAUAAGUUUUUUUUUUUGCCUUUUUUGGGUUUCUUGUUUUAUCUGCUGCUGCCUGGCGGCUCACUGCCCAAUUCCCAACGAUCAAAACUAAAAGACGUUGAGUGAGAAGAACUUUUGGAAGAUGAGCACUUACACCGUAAAUCUCAGUGGACCAGCACCAUGGGGCUUCCGCCUGCAGGGGGGAAAGGACUUCAACAUGCCUCUGACUAUCUCCAGGAUCACACCGGGGAGCAAAGCUUCCCAGGGCAGCCUGACCCAGGGUGAUGUCAUUGUGGCCAUCGAUGGAGUCAGCACUGAAGGCAUGACCCACCUGGAGGCUCAGAACAAGAUCAAGUGUGCCGGUUACAAUCUCGCCCUUACAAUGCAAAGGCCAAAACGUCCCAUUCCAAUGCCGAUAGCCCCCCCGAGAAUGGACACCUGCAUACCUAUCAUCCCACCUCAGAAGGACCUGGAAGGCCUAAUCAAUGGGGCCUGCGUUGCCUCCCCCAGGCCAUUAGGGGCAUCCAGUGAGACAGAGCCCCCCUCCUACAGAAAGCAGGAAGUUACCCAGACCUUUGACAUGGUGGUCACCAGUGCUGGUGCCAGUUCUCCCUCAAAGAGGUCCCAAGGGCCUGGCUCACCAGGUGCAGCCAGCAAAGCGCCCCCUAGCCAAAAGAAGCAGUAUAACACUCCCAUUGGGCUAUACUCAGCAGAGACACUGAGGGAGAUGGCAGUGCUCCAGGGAAGCCUCAAAGGGAAGGGCUUGGCCGCUGGGAUUCCCGCGGGUAUCCUCCCUGUUAGAGAGCCUCUUGUAGACAGUACCUCUCCAGUCUAUCAGGCCGUGCUGCAGGCCGAGAACAGGGACACAGAUGCAGCCGAGAGGAGCAGGCGUUCCACCCACCCACAGUCCAAGUGUUUCCGCAUUCUCGCCCACAUGACAGGAACUGAGCUCGAACAAGAUGAAUAUGAAGAAUUACCCAGGCGAUCCAGUACUCCUGUUGAGCAUGCUGCAGUCUCCACAAGCCCUACUCCUGCUUCUCUGCCUGUUGCUGCUUCAACCAAUCAGCCUGUCCCUGAGACAAAAAGCCUGACCCAUCAGGUUCCGGCAUCACCCCCUAUCGCCCAGACUGCGGUGGCUGCUCCUGUAGCCUCCACCCCAGAGAGCUUGCCCGCACCCCCAUCUUCACGGCCGGCAGCCCUGUUGGGACCCUGCCACCUGUCGCUCGCUGCCUCGACUAUCUCCUCCGCUCUCUCUGCUCAGUCUAGAAACUAUGUUAGUAAGCCAGGGCUGCCGCCCUCCUCAGCACUGGAGGCUCUGCCUAUCACACCCAUCUUCCGCUCCAGAAAUCUGCCCAAACGAACGCGCCCCCUGCCCAUGGGGAAGCCCCAGCUUUCGAGUUUCACCACACAGCCUACCAUUGGCUACAGCUCCCAGUUCACAUCCUCCCCACCCAGGCCAUAUGGCAAGGCCCCGCCCAUACAGCAGAGUUCUAUACAGAUCCCUGUGGGACCGCCUUCACCCAAGGUUGUCAGCACAGCCAACAUUUUGUCUACUGCCUACCCCACUGCCCCAGCUCCAGUCCCCACCCCUGUCCAUAUUUCAGUGGCACCUCCUGUGGCCUCCACGCCUCCUGAUUCCAAUAGGCCCCCCUGGAUCACUGAUAACACAUUCGCCCAGAAGUUUGAGCCCAACAAGACCACCACCACCACCACCACCAAUAUCAAAGUGCAACCUCUGCCCCAGUCGGCACCCCCUCCCCCAGCCUACAUCCCCAACCCUGGCCAGACUCCACCUGUCCCUAGUCCCGUCACUGCCCCCAUCCCCUUCCCUCCUGUGGCCCGCGGGGUGGCCCAGAGAGCCGAGCGCUUCGCUGCCAGCGGUCGGACCCCCCUUUGUGCAGCCUGUAACAACAUCAUCAGGGGACCUUUCUUGGUAGCGCUUGGUCGCUCCUGGCAUCCAGAGGAGUUCAACUGCCAUUACUGUCACACGUCUCUGGCAGACGUCAGCUUUGUGGAGGAGCAGAACAAUGUGUAUUGCGAGAGCUGCUAUGGGGAGUUCUUCGCCCCCACCUGUGCCCGCUGUAGCACCAAGAUCAUGGGGGAAGUGAUGCACGCAUUGCGACAGACAUGGCACACCAACUGCUUUGUGUGUGCCGCAUGCGGGAAGCCCUUUGGCAACAGUCUCUUCCACAUGGAGGACGGGGAACCAUACUGUGAGAAAGACUACGUCGUCCUUUUCAGCACUAAGUGCCAUGGCUGCGACUUCCCCGUUGAAGCUGGUGACAAGUUCAUUGAGGCGCUGGGUCAUACAUGGCAUGACACCUGCUUUGUUUGUGCGGUUUGCCACAUCAACCUGGAGGGCCAGCCAUUCUACUCCAAGAAGGACAAGCCCUUGUGCAAGAAGCAUGCCCAUGCCAUCAAUGUGUAGACUCAACUCCCUCCACCCCAACCUUCCUGGACGUGGGACAAUGCUGCCCUCUAGAGGAUGACAGAGAAGAGCAGCACUGGGCCGCGGAAGAGUGAUUUACUCUGCUGCUGAUUGCACUGUUUGUCAGGGAUGUGCACACUCUAGAGAAACAUGCUUUAAUUAAGCUGUGUGAUUCACAAAAUAUGACCAAGAUAUUUUGGAAUGCCAUCUUUCUUAAUUUAGAUACACUUCUGUCUUUUUCACAUGCUACUCAAGACUUGAAAAGAUUGACUGUCAUAUUUUUGCCUUUAUGAUAUAAAUGUAAAUAAUGAUAAUAAUCAUUUCUAAAGAUACUCUUUAUGUAGACCCCUGCUAGAGAGUAGACUGAUGAAUUAUGAAACUUUUUCUUGUUAUUCAUUUUUUUUAAACAAAAUAUCUUGGUCCUAAACUGAUGAGGUUGUUCAUAAACCUGUACUUUUUCAGAGUUUGUAAUGAAAGGAAAUGCUUUGUGAAUAUGAAAUGACUGCUGCUUUUUCCUCCAGAUAAUAUAUAAUAUAAAAUAUUUUAACAGUCUAAAUAACAUAUGAGUAGUUCAGUUAUAUAUACACAGUAUUUUUCAGGUUAAUGUAGUGUUUUACUACUUAGUAAUUAACUACGAAAAAACAUUCUGAAGAAAUUGGUAUCUUGAAGAAAUGACAGUGAUUCUACAAAUUCUACAUGAUCCUCUCACAUCAAUAGCUGAAACUUAUUUAAGAUCUUAAGCUCUGGAAGAACAGUAAAGUAAAUGUAUUUAUUUAUGUUCUAAUCUUUUAUUUAUUUUCCAUUUUAAGUUUUUAAAUAUUCUUUUUACAUUAUUUUACCUUGUUUUGAAUCAGCAGUAGUACUUUGUGAACAUUACUGCCACAUCCAGUUUAUCUGUCUGAUACAAGGCUAAUGACUGAGCUCUCAGUCACUUGCUGAAGAUUUGGGGAGGGGGGGGGUGUCUGGGAAGGGGGAGGGAAGGUACUUUUGGAUCUGCUACUGGGAUAGCAGCCGUUGAAUGUUAGGGCUGAGGAGGGGGGUUGACUGUCACUCUGGCAGAAGGGCAGGCAGGUCCCUCAGUUUUCCUGUUAUCUGCUGCAAUAGGUGACAGCUGCUUGUCAAGCCAAGGCCUUUUGAACGUGUUUUGAGGCCUGACUCAACUUGCAAAUACACCUUAAACUUUUUGAAACACUUUUGUAUCCAAACUGGAUCCAAACUCUUUCUACUAUGUGUCUUUUUAAAUUUAGGGCCAAUACAGCCCUGUUCUAUAUAUUCAAUUCAACAUCCACUUAAAAGGUGAAUGCUUUUUAGGCUUUUGUGUGUCCUGGCUUUUGACACUGAAUUUCUUAUACAUAAUGUACGUUAUACUUACACAUAUUGCACAUUUCGUCCACCGGGGGGCGGAAACGUUUUAUCAUUAUGCUUAUUUCCCCAUAAUUCAUUAAAAAAACUGACUAUGAUUGCGUUAACAAGUAAAUCAGCUUGUGUAAGCCAUAUACUCACGUUAUAUGUUUGCAGCAAUAACACGUUACUCCUUAAAUAAUUAAUUUAACCCUUAAAAAUUGAGAAGUUUUAUAAAUUGUGUCUGACAGAGUAAUGAUAAACAGUUUUGUAAAAAUCUUUAAGGGCUUUCGUGAGGGUGGGGCUACAUUAAUGGAGGUGGGAACCCACGUGAUCUAGCGAGGUAGGUAGGUGUUGUUACUGUCCACUCUGCGAGUAACCAGUGAAAUUUUAUUGAUUAAGAAUUCCACCUGAUUCUGCUGUCAUGAAAGUGAUUUUAAAAUUGUGAAAAUUAUACUGGAAUUGAACUUCUGUGAUGGAUAAAUCAUGCAGAGCUAGAGGAGUUUUCAAAUGAUGAUGAGCAUCUGAAACUUUUCCCACCCCCUUCCCUUUCUGCUGAUCACUUCACUGUCCAUUCCCUGAUGACCUCCUCCUCCUCCUUUAAUCAUUUGUUCAUUCCAUUUUAUUCAUCAUGGUUUCGGUGCUCUUCACCCACCCCACUCUAUCAUUCAUCACCCAUUCACCCCCCCCCCCACCCCCCGUCACUGAGUCCAUCUCACCUCUCAGCUUUAUCAUUUGGCCUUUCUCAUACUUCUAUAUUCUCAUCUUUCCAUCAGCAUACUUCCAGUGGCCUCUGAAUCACCUCACCUGAAGUUAGUUAUCCUCAAUGCAAUAUCACCUCUGCCCCUUUAUAUCUAUGUAGAGUGACUAGCUUCUAAACCUUGAGACUUUAAGUGUUUGGUUCUAUGUGUGUUUACACUGGAUUGUUUGCACCGUUUCUGUCGUGGUUCUUCUGCAGGGUUUCAGAACUUGGCUAUGUGCAGCUUGAAAAUGAGUCUAAUGUAUCUGCCCUGCGCUCGUUUUCCAGUAUGAUAUGAGAAAAUAUGUAUGUUGUAAUAAAUUAAUGAGUUUAACGAUGUAGCUUUCUCUUGGCAUGCAGAGAUAAGCAAUCUUAAGGUUUCUUAAUUUUUUUCCUUUAAAAAAACAAGGCAUUGAAUUAUGAUUGUAAUGCUUUGAUUUUACUUUUCACCUUUCUCCUUUGUAAACAUUUAUCUUUAAUUUUUUUUCAUUUAUUUAUUUUUGAGGCAUGUGCUAAAUUGCAAGGGUGGGAAUGUUUUAUACUUUUUAUUAUUACUGAUUUGCUUUGCUUUACCUGGCUGGCAUUUUGCGUGAACUAACAAAGAAAAGUUGAUUUUGUCUGUUUAUUGCUAGUCAGUGCUGGGAAAGAACUAAAGUCAUGCACUGCCCUCGUUUUACAGUUUAUGUUUUUAACUGUGUUAAAAUCUUGCAGAGUAUCAUCUUAUUGUAAAUCUGAACAGGCAGCCUCUCAGGUGAUCACUACAGUGUUACCGUGAAUUCGGAGCUGCUCCGAGACGUUGAGAUCAUCUUUCAUUGUUGUGAUAUGUGGUUCUAGAACGUCAUGAGGUUGGGCUGUUGCUAUAGGAACCUGGUGAGGGCAAGUGAAAGGUUCGGCACAGUUUUGGGGGCUGCUGGAGAACCCACACGGAGUCCUGAGCUUUGCUGACAUUGUGAAUGUCACCAAUGAUGUUUUGAUCAUCUGUAUCUCGGUUUAGCAGAGGAGUUAACUGUGUUUGGAAGUAAAAAGUACACUUGUCUGGGUGUUGGCCAUAACUCUAGGCUACUUGUGGGAAAACACAGCUUGAUACAUAUUUAUGACAAAUGCUGAGAUACUCAAAAUACCUCAAAAGCCCUUUAUAUGAUGUAAUAAAAACCAGCUGUUUUACCACUGGCAGUGACAUGAAUUUUGCUGUUGUUUCCCACAUGCUACUGAACUGUAUUUUUUAUUUUUUCCCUUUUUAUUUAUUUUAUAAUUAUUAUUUUCUGCGCUGUAACCUCUCACCACUGCCAUGGAAGCUAAUAUACUUCGUCUGUGCAUGGUACUGAAGAGUUUAUUUGUACAACCAAUUUGACCUAAGUAAAAAAUAAAUCCUGGCACUCAGGCAACAAGACAA